UUGGUCUAAAUAAAUGUAUAACCCAAUCUCAACCCUAUUAGGCUAUGAUAUCAUCAUAUCAUCUACUCCCUCCAUUAGUCUUAGUCCAUUCCAAUUUCCCAUCUAUCUUCCAUUCUCCCUUCAACUCUUCAACUAAUCUCAACACCAAACUCUUCUCUAUUUCUCUUCUCUCUCAUCUUCAUCUCUCACUUUGUUUCACUACAUAUUUCUUCUCACAAACCCUGAGAAAACCCAACAACUACUCUUAAUCUUUUUCUUUCAUGUAAAAAACUGACUGAAAAAACAAAUGAAUCUGCUGUUUUUAUCCCAAAUUCUCCCCCAAUAAAAAAAAGUUUUGAUCUUGAAUUUGUGAAAUGAUCAGAAUGUUGCAAUCUCACUACAUUUUGAUCUUCUCCCUUAUUUUUUCUCUUCCAAUCAUCUUCUUUUUUGCUCCUCAUUUUCUCUCUCCUCAGCAACUUCCAAUCCCUCUACCAGAUGAAAUUGAUGAUCUUUCUUUGUUCAAUCGUGCAAUUUCAUCAUCAUUUUCAUCUCCUUCUUCAUCAACUUUCUCUUUCUCAAGAUUAGGUUCUCAUAAUCCCACUUUAAAGAUCGCAUUUUUAUUUCUUACAAACACUGAUCUUUUUUUUUCACCUUUGUGGGAAGUUUUCUUCAAUAGUUCAUCACCAAAAAAGUUCAACAUAUACAUUCAUGCUGACCCAGAUUCUGAUGUGAAAGACCCAGGUGGUAUUUUCAGAGCUAGAUUCAUACAAAGUAAGCACACUGAACGAUCUUCUGCUACUUUAAUAUCUGCUGCAAAAAGAUUAAUGGCUGCUGCAAUAUUAGAUGAUCCUUUGAAUUAUUACUUUGCUUUGAUUUCUCAAUCAUGUAUUCCAUUGCAUUCCUUUGAUUAUGUUUAUAAAACCCUAUUGGGGAGUAAUCGAUUCGGGUUUCGACAUGUUCCACAUAAGAGUUUUAUAGAAAUUCUUGACAAUGAGACAACUCUUCCUACAAGAUAUGUUGCUAGAGGGAGGAAUGUGAUGAUGCCUGAGGUUCCCUAUGAAAAAUUUCGUGUUGGGUCUCAGUUUUUUGUGUUGAAUAAGAAGCAUGCUUUGAUGGUGUUGAAGGAUAGGAAAUUGUGGAGGAAAUUUAGGCUUCCUUGUUAUAGGACUGAUUCUUGUUACCCUGAGGAGCAUUAUUUCCCUACAUUGUUGUCUAUGAAAGAUCCUAAUGGAUGUACUCAGUAUACUCUUACAAGGGUUAAUUGGACUGGAACUGUUAAUGGACACCCACAUAUGUAUCGCCCGCCUGAGGUUACGCCUGAGUUGAUCUACACUCUCAGGCAGUCUAAUUUUACUAAUGAUUACUUGUUCGCGAGGAAGUUCUCACCCGAUUGCUUGAACCCCUUGAUGGAAAUGGCUGACACUGUCAUCUUCAAUGACUGAAGAUGUUGAUUGUGCUGUCUGGUCUAAAAUUUUAUUCCUUUGAAGUGGGAGAAGAUCUGUUUUAGCAACCUCUAAGAUGCUUUCCCUCAUACCAACUACCUUGAAGGUGGUCAAUGCAAGAAUCAACUACCGACAACCAAACUACACUACCGGUAUGUUGGUUCAGAAAUCUCUUGAAUUGUACCAUAUCACGAGCUCCAUGACAUUAAGAAUUUGUCACUCGUUGUUGUUAGAAUCGCUAGUAUUUCUGUACAUAUAUGGUAAAGAAUGUUUUUGUACCAUAUCAUAUCAAGUAGCGUGAAUAUUUGAUGAGGGCGAAGGGGCUAUCGACUUUUGUUGAUAUGUAGUGGAAUGUGAAUGUCCUUUGCUCUUAAACCCGUCCCCUCAAUGUAGGGAUAGUGAGAAUUCAAAAGUUAGAAUCUCGUACUGUUGUUAUAUACUUCUAUAAGAUAUGCUCAAUUAGAAUUGAAAUGAUGCUGCAAAUCUGCAAUGCUUUGUUGUUUA